AUGAAAAGGAGUAUCCUACCUAAGACUCUGCAGAGGAAGAAGGCCGUGCGUGUCCCCAGGGGCCAGCAGAGAGCCAAGGUGUCCUCCAUCCUACCUGUGAGGAUGACCAGUUGUGUCUUCAAGAGAUCUGUGACCAAAAUCACAUCCCAUCCUGACAGCAAGGUCAGAUACAGACAGGAAGAGGAGGAGGUGCUGGGGAAGCUAGUGAAGCCACAACAACUGAGCGGGUUCAGGAGACUUCAGGGCCUGCAGGUUUACGACAGCGAAGGACAGCGUUUACCUCCAUUUAAUUUUGUGAAUCCCUCAUUAAUCAUGUCUUGGGGAAGCCAGGAUGAUAAAUCAUGGGGCCAAGCUGGAGCUGCCAAUCGGCCUGUUCACCCAGAGCCCUCCUCAAGCCAGCCUUCCUAUCACAGAGCGGUGAUCCCAGAUGGAGGCCCUCAGCGGCUGCCUCUCUUCAAGCAACAAGUGACUGCUGCAGAUGUCCGGAGACAGAUGCAGAAACCCCCGCUGGGGGUGGGCCGCCGUCGGGCCCCGGCCCGGAAGGCUCUCCUGAUGUCCUCUGGGUCCCAGGGCUCCUAUGCCGCGUCGUCUGGGCCCAUCAGGGUGACCUCGAGAUGA